AAGCUACAGGGUUCACUGCUGAUGACCCUUUCAGCGGGUCAAGCGCGCAGGUUUUAGAAAAACCAAAGAAGCAGUGAUGUACGUGAAACUCUGACCCCUAGGGGGCGCAGUUAAACUCCCCUCAGCAGCCAUCUUCAGGGCGGUUGAUCCUGACAUCACUGGCCCUGUCUGGGGGUUCUGUGUAAUGGAUCCUUCUUGUUUCCUGGCUUCAUUGUCUGGGGGUUCUGUAUAAUGGAUCCUUCUUGUUUCCUGGCUUCAUUUGUCUCCUCCAACGGUUCGAGAUCAUGCUAACAUAAGUCAAGGAUAAAAUCACGCCAUCAUUGCUGUGGUGACGUGCGGGAGAAGAACAGGGCCUGAUCCUGAGAGAUAAAAGGGAGACAACAUGUGCAGAAACCUCUCCAAAUAUGCCCUGCUUUUCCUCUUCCUGUCACUGUCGGGAUCGAUCUUCCUGCUGCGCAUCAUCCCCACAAUGGAGGUGGGAAGUGGGCCACAUAGUUGGAACUGCCACACAAUUUCAGCCCUUUACCAGCUGCAGACCAGGAUCCACUCGUCGCUCAUCACCACAAACAUCCCUAAAUACAACCACAACCUCACCUUCUGUGCCCAUCUGGGCCAGAAGCCCUCCCCUGAGGAUGAACUUGAAGAGCGCUACCUGUUGGACUCAAUCCAGUGGCCCGGCCCUCCGCCUCGCUUUGCUACACCCAGCCUGCGCCAGUCAAGCGACCCUGUUCACAGCGUCUUCACCAUCCUUCCCAAUAAGGAAAGACGAGAGUGGCACAUCGGGGACCAGCUGGAGGCUGUGGUCCAAAUCCGCGACUUUCAGGGUCGACCAAAGCGAUAUGGUGGGGACUUCCUAUUAGCCAGACUGCAUUCCCCAGAGCUCGGAGCGGCUGUAGCUGGGACAGUAGUAGACCACAGGAAUGGAAUUUAUUCUGCCCUGUUCCCACUGCUCUGGGUGGGACCCGCGCAGGUUGAGAUAACACUUGUGCAUUCCAGCGAGGCGGUUGCUGUGCUGAAACAUUUGAGGGAGCAUCGACCCGAUCGGGUUUUCUUCAAGAGCCUGUUUCGCUUGGGCUUCUUGUCAGAAACGACAGUGUGCAACAUGUGCUUACCUUCCGACCAGCAUCUUCUGUGCAACUACACGGACCUGUCCACCGGCGAGCCCUGGUACUGCUACAAGCCCAAGAUGCUGAGCUGCGACACCAGAAUUAACCACGCCAAAGGGGGAUAUUUAAAACACCUCCUCACCAACAAUCAGGCUCUGCUCUUCCAGAGUGGCGUAAAUAUCAAGGUUCAAAUACAUGCGUUGGGAAAAGACAGAAUCAACGUUCUGCCGCCUGAAGAUAAUGCUGAGAAGGAAGGCAGCUCUGUAAAAACAGAGUCCAUUCAGCUGACACCCUCUGGAUAUUAUUUUAAAGACUCAUGGCAGCCGUUAGGGGGGACUGUGAUGCGUCACUUCAAUGAGUCGGCUGCAAUCACUCAGUGUUUGAGGAACAAGGUGAUCAACAUGUAUGGAGACUCGACCAUUCGACAGUGGUUCGAGUACCUUAUUACUUCUGUCCCAGAAAUCAAGGAGAUAAACCUACACAGUCCUAAAAACGUGGGUCCGUUUAUGGCGGUGGAUACAACCCAUAAUAUUCUGUUAAAGUACCGCUGCCAUGGCCCACCCAUCCGCUUCUCCACUGUCAUCGCCAGCGAGUUGCGUUACAUUUCCAAUGAACUGGACGGCCUCUCCGGGGGCCCCCACACCGUGGUGGUCCUCAGCAUCUGGGCCCACUUCAGCACCUUCCCCGUGGAGGUGUACAUCAGGCGGCUCCGGCACAUUCGCCGAGCGCUGUUGAGAUUGCUGGACCGAGCGCCGGGGACGCUGGUGGUGAUCCGAUCAGCCAACCUCCAAGCGCUGGAUCAGGAGGUGAGCCUGUACAACAGCGACUGGUACUCCCUGCAACUGGACACUGUGCUUAAGGCCAUGUUCAGGGGCCUGGAUGUUCUGAUGGUGGAUGCUUGGGAAAUGAGUUCGGCUCACCACCUCCCUCACGCCCUCCAUCCUCCUCGGGCCAUUGUGGAGAACAUGAUAGACAUGCUUCUAUCUUACGUCUGUCCAGAGAAGAAGAGAAGCUAGAAAUAAAAGCUGGGGCAUCUGGUGAAAGGUUCUGUUGUCAAAGGAAA